AUGGCAGCACGACACAUUACACGAAAGCUUUGGCAGCCCAAAUUCCCUAUGAAACAUCAGCGCCGAGGUCUUAGUCUGCAAGAGCAUCAAUCUAAACAACUGUUAAGAGAGUUUGGCAUCCCAGUGCAGAAUGGAAAAGUAGCAACCACGGCUGCCGAGGUGCGGGAGGUCAUGCGUCAAUAUGGUGGAAAAUGCGUCAUCAAAUCUCAAAUUCUCAAGGGCGGCAGAGGCAAGGGAACAUUCGACAAUGGAUUCUACGGCGGCGUCAGAAUCGCAGAGCUCCCGGAAGAAGGCGAGCAGAUAUCCUCUCAGAUGCUGGGACAUCGCCUUAAAACCAAGCAGACGUCAGGAGAAGGGAUACUUGUCGAAAAGGUGCUGGUGGCAGAGUUCGAAGAAUGCGAGGAGGAGUGGUAUCUCGCCAUAGCCCUCGACCGCGAACGGUACUCCCCAGUUGUGCUUAUCUCAAGAAGUGGCGGUGUCGACAUUGAAGACACGGCAAAGAGCGAGAGCGGUAGCUUGAGAAGCUUUCAUUUCGAUUACGCUGAAGGCAUCACACCAGAUCUUCUGAAACGUCUCCGUACAGGUGUUGGUGCGAAUUCUGCCGAAGCAGAAAAACUUGGAGCUAUCCUGACCCGUCUUUGGGACCUCUUUUUGUGCAAAGACGCCACACUUCUGGAGAUCAACCCUCUAGCCCGCACCGGUGAAGCUAAUUUCAAGUGUCUUGACGCCAAAUUCAUGAUUGACGAUGCUUCGCAGCGACGGCAGCCCGAGCUGUUCGCCCAGCGAGAUAUCCAAGCAGAGGUUCCCGAGGAGAUUGAGGCACAAAAGUAUGGGUUGGUAUAUAUCAAGAUGGAAGGGAAUAUUGGCAAUGUAGUCAAUGGUGCAGGUCUUGCUAUGGCUACUAAUGACGCGAUUGCCCAUCACGGCGGUGCAAGCGCAAACUUUCUCGACGCAGGAGGUCAGGCUACGAAGAACACCAUGCAAAAGGCAUUUGAGAUUAUUCUUCGGGACACUCGGGUCAAGGUAAUUCUCGUUAAUAUCUAUGGAGGUAUUAUUAAAUGUGAUAUGAUCGCUGAAUCCAUUAUUGGUGCUACCAAAGAGCUCGGACCAUUGCGUGUGCCGCUUGUUGUUCGGUUGCAGGGGACCAAUUCACCUGAAGGAUUGAAAAUUCUGGAGGAUGCGAAUCUUGGAUUCUAUGUUGAAUCCGAGUUUGGAGAGGCAGCAAAGAAGGCCGUCCAGCUUUCCAAGUCCUUGUGA